GGAAAAUUACCUGGAGCGGGGCGCCGGGAGGGGCCUCCGCCCUCCUCCCUCCUCCAGGGCUGCGCGCCCCGCACCCUCCGCAUGACCCAGACUCGCGGUGCCCCCUCGCCUCCUCCUCCCAGAAGCCACCCCUGGAGGGAGACACCCCAAAUCGGAUCCCCAUUCCCAUGAAAAAACCCGACUCCCGACCUUUCCCUGCCUCCUGGGUCCGCCUGGAACCGGUAGCCUCAGGCCUGGGGCCGACCGCUCCAGACUGCGGGGCGUCCCGGCUCCCGGCCAAAGGCGGGGCGGGGCGGAGGCGGGGGCCUUUAAGAGGCGCGGCCAGCCGGGACCCGACCUAGACGCGGGCAGCGCCUGGACUCGCCGCCGCCGCCGCGGGACUCGGGCAGCCCCGCAGCCCCGCAGCGCUCCGGCUCCUCCUCCUCUCCAGACCGCCCUCCGCAGCGAUGGACGGAGACGGUGAACCAGAGAGCUUGGGCCAGCCGGAGGAGGUGAGCCCGGAGGGGCAGCAGGAGGAAGCCGGCGCGGAGGAGGCCAGCGCCGGGGAGGAGCGGCCCGAGGAGGAGGAGGAGGAGGAGGAGGCGGCGGCGGCGUACCUGGAGGAGCUGCCCGAGCCGCUGCUGCUGCGCGUGCUGGCCGAGCUGCCGGCCGCCGAGCUGGUGCAGGCCUGCCGCCUGGUGUGCCUGCGCUGGAAGGAGCUGGUGGACGGCGCCCCCCUCUGGCUGCUCAAGUGUCAGCAGGAGGGGCUGGUGCCCGAGGGCGGCGCCGAGGACGAGCGCGACCACUGGCAACAGUUUUACUUCCUGAGCAAGCGGCGGCGCAACCUUCUGCGCAACCCGUGCGGGGCAGAGGACCUGGAGGGCUGGUGCGACGUGGAGCACGGAGGGGACGGCUGGAGGGUGGAGGACCUGCCCGGAGACUGUGGGGUGGAAUUCAUCCACGACGAGAGCGUCAAGAAGUACUUCGCCUCCUCCUUUGAGUGGUGUCGCAAAGCGCAGGUCGUUGACCUGCAGGCUGAGGGCUACUGGGAGGAGCUGCUGGACACCGCUCAGCCGGCCAUCGUGGUGAAGGACUGGUACUCGGGCCGCAGGGACGCCGGCUGCCUGUACGAGCUCACGGUGAAGCUGCUGUCGGAGCACGAGGACGUGCUGGCCGAGUUCAGCAGCGGGCAGGUGGCGGUGCCCCCAGACAGCGACGAUGGCUGGAUCCAGAUCUCUCACACCUUCACCGACUAUGGGCCCGGUGUCCGCUUUGUCCGCUUCGAACAUGGGGGUCAGGACUCCGUCUACUGGAAGGGCUGGUUCGGGGCCCGAGUGACCAACAGCAGCGUGUGGGUGGAGCCCUGAGUGACCCCUCCUCCAACCUCAGCCCUCUUGGAGGUGCAGAGGCCUGGGGUAGAUAGGCCUUAGUCAGUAGCCCCCUCACUUUUCCCAUCCCCCACCUCACCCCCACCCCCACACACUCCUCUCCUGCCCCAUUCUCCCAGCCCAGCCCCCACACUGGGAAAGAGGAGUUUUGCUGGCGUAUAUGUGCAUCUAGAAAAUAAGAUGGGUGAGGGUAUGGGCCUGGGUCGGGCCCACCGCUGAAUCCCCUGCACCUAGUACAGUGCCUGCCGCAAAGUGGGCACCUAAUAAAUAUUUGUCCAAGGAAGGAAUGAAUGAACAAACGGAUGAAUGAA